CCCAUUAUUACCAAAGCAGCAGUGAGUCUCCAAAAGGAAACACCCGAAGAGAACAAAAAACCUUUGGUGGUCUGUGUAUCGCUGUGGCAGCUAACCAGAAAGGAAAUAGUAUUAAAAUGCAUGUUAUGACGUGUUAGUGUUGGCCUUCAGUAGCAUAUUACGCCAUGACCGAAUUGGAAAUAGAGGACGUUGUCUGCAAUUUUCCAAGAUGAGCAGUGUCAGUAAGAGAGAGAGGGAGCAGAGGAGGAAACUGCAGCACUUUCUGAGUGACCUGGCUUUACUUGGAUCGUUACAGGGUUUUAAGUACUUCCAGCCUUGGCUCAGAGGGAAAGAGGAGUUGCUGCUGACAGUGGUUAAUGAGGAUCUGGGUUGGCGCUCUCCGGGCUUCGUGGUGUCCAGAGCCUCCUCCUACUCCUCCACCAGCAGCUGUAACAGCAGUGAUGUCUCCCCCAGCAGCAGCUCCCCCAGUCUGGCCAGCCGGAGCAGCUCUCCCCUGCCUGGGGAACCUCCGGGCCCGCGAACCUCUCAGCCGCACACACACACCAAGACGCAGCCACAAACCGCCAGGGACGCCAGCAGUGAGGAGCAUCUUCUUCCAGCAUCUCCCAGUGAAAGAGAGAUAGCAGUGCCUGAGGUGAACUGCACUCUGUUUUUAGUGGCUGGUUAUGUCAAAUACGGACGUCCACACGCUUGGAUACGCUCCAAUCACGAGCGCCUGGUCAACAUCGGAGGGACUGAUUCAAUGGUCAAGGACACGCCUAUGAAACUGAAGUCCAUCGCUGACUGGCAAACACGAGGUAUUCGUGUGUGGGAUGUUGUCAGUGAGCUGGUGUGUCUGUGUACCGUCCCCUCUCCCUCUAACCCCUUUGCCCUGGACAUGCGUUACAUCAAAAGCCUUCCCCUCCCAGACCGCUUCCUCGUCACAGGAGCUCUCCUCAACUUCCUGGAGAUGUAUGUGGUUUACGGGAAUCGGGAUGAGUUGCACUAUGACAAAGUGGUAGAAGAGGUGAAGCCUCUGAGGCGUCUCCACGUUCACUCCCUGCUGGAGUUACAACGGCACAGAGAGAGCUCCGGGUUGCUCAACAGUCCCAAGCAGCAGGACUCUUCCGGAGAGGAGUGACCAUAAAUAUCCUUCUGUUAUCUUCAUGGUGCAUUUUUAUGGAUGUAUUGUAGAAAAAAAAAGAGACAGAAAAUAGGUUCAGAUAUGUAUAAACUCAUCAGAACUCUGUUUUGUUUAACAGAUUUUUUUGUGUUGUGGUACAUUUCCUGGUUUUGUAAAAAUCACACGUUGCAAAGAGAUUGAAUGAGUAUACCUGCGUGCAAAAUCUGACUUAUCAUAUGUGUUUAUGUAACACGUACAAACAAAAUGUCUGAAUGGAGCUCUUGUGACACCACUCACGCUACACACACACAGUGCACAAACCUAUUGCAGCAGUAUCCAAAUGUAGCUGUAGCUGCAUCUUUACUACAGUUGGGAAGGUAUUCCCAUGUAUCAGACCCUGGGAAAUCAGUCACAUGACUGAGAUUAAAAAUCCCAGGACCUCUCUGAAUGUCUUGCCCUGCCACCCCGAACCCUUCAAUCCCACUCUCUCCCUCUCCCACACAGGAAUUCUGUUUUUCUCGGGCCAAAUAUAACAUUUUUAAAACUCGAGUGUUCAAUCCUGGAAACAGGCUCGUUUAUCAUGCAUCUCAUUCACCGUCAGGGUCAAAGCUGCAGAAGUUAAAAGCUUAAAUAUUUGUCUUGUUGAACGUUACAGCGGUAUGAGAACAACAUGUAGAGGACACUUGAAAAAACAAACAGAAAAUGCAGUAUAAAAAAGUUUUAAUAUUUCAUAAAAUACAUAUUAAUUAAAUAUGUACAUACUGACAUAAAAACAGUACAUUGAUAAAAUAAAUCUUAAAGCAGGCACUUGAGCCCCUUUUCUGAGAUCGGGGCUGUGCCGUUUGUAAUUGGAGAGAUACAUCACGAGUACAAAACUUUCAAAAUUAACUGAGAAAAACCUAGUGGCACAUCAGUCAAAAACACAGGCACCAUUCCUGAUU